AUGGCUUCAACGAAUGUGCGAGAUCAGCUCGAGCAGCAACGCCAACGCACCGAACAGAGGAUGAAGCAGAAGCGUCAAAACCUUGGUUUGGUCCAGGCAAAUGACUUAAGAGUUGGUUCAGCCAAACGACCUAUCUCUGGAAACCGAUCCCGAGAACUUCACGGCUAUGAUGGUCCGAUGCAAUUUCUUAUGUCGCCAGUUAAUCCCGAUCAAGUAAUACCUCUUCAAACAAAUAGAAUAUCCACUUAUGAUGAACUGGGCAAUCAAAUAGAAGUUUUAACAGUGGGUGAUGACACAGGUGAAGGUAGUGGUGAGGAAGGAGAAAGUGUUCCAGUGUGUAGUGUUGGGAGAGAUGCCAGUGCAGACGACUUGUGUGCGGAUGCAGCUGUGGCUCCUUUACAUUCUCGCCCACAACGGGAUGAGUCACCGAGCCAAAAUGCAGAAAUAGAAGGAUCUGUUGAGGGUGCGGUUGAAACAUUUGUAGUUACACCAGCAAAGCAUGGUACUCUAUAUAAGUGCAGAAUUGCAAGAGACAGAAAGGGAAUGGAUCGUGGACUCUAUCCCACAUAUUUCUUGCAUUUGGAAAAGGAUUAUGGAAAGAAGGUGUUUUUGUUAGCAGGGCGCAAACGUAAAAAAUCGACAACAUCAAACUACCUGAUAUCCACUGAUCCCACUGAGUUGACACGACAGGCAGAUAGCUAUGCUGGCAAACUGAGGUCCAACCUACUAGGUACAGCAUUCACUGUCUAUGAUAAUGGCAAGGCUUGGAGAAAGAGCUCUAGGGACCCUCCAAGACAUGAACUUGCUGCAGUUGUAUAUGACACAAAUGUCUUAGGCUUCAAAGGACCACGUAAAAUGACGGUAAUUCUUCCCGGAAUGACGCCAGAUAGGCAACGCGUCACAAUUGCCCCGCAAGACGAUUCGGAAACUCUUCUAGAGAGAGCCAGAAGCAAGAACUUGGAUGAUAUAGUUGUCUUACACAAUAAAACACCAGUUUGGAACGAUGAGACACAGUCAUAUGUUCUCAACUUUCAUGGUCGAGUCACACAAGCAAGUGUUAAGAACUUUCAAAUCGUUCACGACUCAGAACCUGAUUAUGUUGUAAUGCAAUUUGGGAGAAUAUCUGAAGAUGUCUUUACCAUGGACUUCAGGUAUCCACUGUGUGCAUUACAAGCAUUUGGCAUAGCUCUGAGCUCAUUUGAUAGUAAGCUGGCUUGUGAGUGA